UCCUUCCUCUCUCCCUAUCUGCCUUUCUUCCAACUACCCCCAGUUUGCUCGUAGUAAAGCUCAAGGAAGAGAGAAUGAAGGAGAGAAGGAGGUCAUUGUUAGGAACGACUGCUGCAGUGCUCGUACUUGUUCUGGUAUUGAUGAUCUGCGUGAGCUCUUCUUCACAGUACUCUGUGUGUCAUGGAAAUAAGAGAAGUGGUAGUGGAAGAGGUAGAACAGCGAGGAAGCUGGUUUCUGGGGCAAUUCUAGCUCAGCAGCAGCAGCAGGACAUGAGGUUUGAUGGCACGAUGAAACCCCUCAACCAGGCAGGUGUGAGCUUCAGGAAGAUACCGCCUUCUAGCUCGAAUCCCACCCAGAACAAGUCACGUCCUCGAGUGGAUGGCCCGGGGAACCCGUGAACCGCAUCAGGGAUUGGUGGCUUGCCAUGACAGAGAGAGAGAGGAGUGUAGAGUAGUUCUGUAGUUCUCUUUUGUUUGCUUUUAAUCUUCUGUUCUUGUUUCUUUGCACCUUCUGAGCUUGUAACCUUUUCGCUGCUUUUCCACAAGUUCACUUUACAGAGAGACGAGCGUGGAAAAUGGCUCGCACCUCUUUUCCAGCUUGUCUCGCUAGUUUUGUAGCUGUAGCACGAACAAGCUUCCAUGUACCUAAGAAAGAAGUGAAGGCUUUUGUUCCAUUA